UCAAAUCUCAAACCGAUGAAUGCCCGACCCUCUCCAUCUCUCUCUCUCUCUCUCUCUCUCUUUGAUUCAUCGAAAUAAUGAGUUAAAAGUUUUUCUUCCUCUACUUUUCUCGAACUUCGUCGUCGUCGUCGGCGGCUUUGAGCUUUGAUUAAUUUUCUCUUCCCGCUCUGGAAAUUAAAAUGAACUCCAUGAAUCCAAUGGGGUUGGCUCCUUUUAAUUCAGGCCCUCAGCUUUGGGCGCCUCCGCCGCCACGUCUAGCGCCUAUGCCACCUCCAUCUGCUGCCUUUUGGAAUGCCGUGAAUGUGCACAGUCACCUCAAAGAACUUUAUGGUACCAUCAACCUCGCCGAAGCGAUGCAAAAGGAAUUGGAAAUGCUGAUUUUGAUGAAAGAAAGGCAAGUGAAUACUGAAGAUGAAAAGGAAGGGAGCGGUUGCAUGUCAAUUGAUAGCUUCUCUACGCUGAUGAUGGACAAUAAAAUUGAAUUAAAGUUUCAAGAAUCUUUGUCCCUGGAUGCUGUAAAUGCUAUAAUGGCAAAAUUAAGAUUUCAGUUGGAGCCAUUUAGGGUUUUGGCAGAGGACAAUACUCCAUGGGAGGAAAAGUCUGCUGCCAAAAGGUUAGCUGAUAAAAUGACAAAGAAUAAAAGAAAUAAGCUUUGGCGGAAAAGGAAGAGACAGCGCAUAGCUGAGAACUUAUCUAAGGAGCAUGAGAAAUUUGAUCAAAUAGAUAAAGACGUUGAUGAAUGGAGAGACAGAGAGAUUGCCAAAGAUAUAGCUCAGCACAAGGUGGAAAAGAUGAAGGAAAUAGCCAAGCUUAAGGCAAAAGAGGAGAAAAGGAGACUGGAAUCUGAGCUGGAACUGGUGUUGAUCGUGGAGAAGUUGCAGGAAUUACGAUCCAUGAGAAUACAAAAAUUGAAAAAACAAGGUCAUUUUCUUCCGGAUGAGGAUGACAAAUUUCUUGAACGAGUUAGAGCUGCAGCUGAGGAAGAGGAUUGCCAAUCACUGGCAGCAGCCAAUACAGAUGCUGCUAAAGAUGCCAUUGCAAUGGCUGAAGUAACAAGAACACACAUACAGGAUUUUGCACCACACUUGGAAGAGCAAACCUUGAAUCAUAACAAGGAAGGCCCAUACCAGAAAAAUGAGACUGCAAAUGAAGAGGUUCCAGUAAUAUCAAGCAAGCUCAACUCUACUGGACCUGUAUCUGGCAAUGCGUAUGAUACUGUUGGUAAUUUACCCAUGGAAUUUUACCAUUACUAUCAUGGAAGCAGUUAUGAUCUGGGCACACUUAUUGAGGUAAGAAGAGGUUGGGAUGCAUACAUAAGGCCAGGAGGAAGGCGUAUCCCUGGGCAUUGGGUUGAGGCGCCCCCUCCAGCAGAUGAGGUGUGGGCUUCUUACCUAUCUGGCGAAGGGAGAGGGAGAGGAAGGUGACUUGCCAGUGUCAUGUAUCUUCGAAAUUGAAUCGGUCCAACUCCAGGCAGGCAGGCAGGAGGGAGCUGUAUGUAAGUAAAACAGGAGGGGAAGGUGGUGAUAGGAUAGGAUAGCAGGAAGUUGGCCAAUCAAUAUCUCUAUGCUCUUGCUGCUUUGCUUGUUUCACUAACUAGCAGGGAGCAGAAGCCUUCAUCAGCAGAUUCAUUAUGUGUGUGCGUCUGUCCGUCUGUCAGAUCAAUCAAUUUAUAGAUCCAUUCCCUUACAUAACAUACGUGUCCGUGAAGAGAGAUGCGAAUUGGAUGGAUGGAAUAUGUUUUUUUGUACAAUGGUUUUAUUUAACAAGAGAAGAGUCUUUCCAAACUCUUGUCGGCGAGCACAUCACAGCGAUGGCGAAUCCCUCCCAGUAUCUUUGGAGAGAUAUUUCUGGCCGCAUCUCAACUGCACUACACCAGGCAACAUCCAUUGUGCGGCAAAAAUAAGGCCCAGAGAAGAAGACCCAUGCGGGCCUGUGCUUUUAGACAGACUAGUUGGCCAAACAAUUCAAAUAUUAUUACUUUCUCCGUAUAUAAUUUAUCUAUAUUUUUUA